AUGAGCCUUGGAAAAGUUGCAGUUUCGUUUACGCAUACAAUAAAAGCUUUGGAGCCCUUUUUCACGAUUGUGCUUUCAGCUUUGUUCCUUGGAGAGGAUUGGAUUUUGGAGUGCCAUGGCUUCGAACCUGGCCAAUCAAUCAUGAAAUGUGUUGAGCAAAAGGUCAUGGGCAAGAAAGAGGAAUCUCUGGACAACAUUAAUCUCUUUUCCAUAAUCACCAUUAUGUCACUUUUCUUGACCAUCCCCGUAAUGUUACUUGCAGAAGGAAUCAAGUUUACACCAUCAUACAUGCACUCUGCUGGUCUGAAUCUUCGAGAGAUAUUUACCAGAUCUCUUCUUGCUGGCCUCUGCUUUCAUGCUUAUCAACAGUAUCAGGGAGAAACUCCUACGACUCGACGGGACCGUCCUUUGGGGAGAAACUCCUACGACCCAGUGAUGACUACUCCGAAGCUCAUUGCCCGAGGGGGAGCUACCGCCCUCCGAGCAAGGACUAACAGGCGAUUGCAGGAAAAGGAGAUCCCGCAAGAACAUCAAUUUCAGCACGGUGGAAGAGCACCGCCCACAUGAAAGCAACAUCCAUUAUAUUCACUGUACUGUUACAGAUUCAAAAUUGAUAUGUGUUGUAUCUGCUUGUUCGGGAGUGUCGAAUUAUAAACAGUGAUUUAACAAUCUUUCGUAUUUUUCUUGUUGCUAUUGUAACACUGCAUGUAAAUUGACAACAAUGUAAUGACGUGCUUAUAUUCCUCAUAUCUAGUAAUAUUGAAUGUUCUUACUUUCUGUUUA